UGAAGCUUUGAUCUUUAGAAUGUUCAUUCACUGUUUGAUGAAUUGAUUCAGAGAGAUUAUGGUUGUGUUUUGUCUCUGAGUGGGACUUCUACUGCCGCUUUAAUUCAAGGAAUGUUCCUAAUGGUUACGAUUCGACGGUUUCGACGAAUUACUAGAAGAAUUUGAGUUUUGGUUUUGGUUCUCGAGGUGGUUUUGAGAAGCAGGUUCCUUCAAUGACUACUUCUUCUACCUAUGUUAAUACGGAGAGAAAAGUUUAUGCAAAGGCUUCUGAGUUGUUCACAAGAGAUGAUAGUUAUGGGAGCAAGUCCAAGUCUACAUUUUAUCCAACGGGUAUGAAAUUGAACUGAAUUUUGCACCCAAACCCCAAAUAAUGAAUUCAUCCUUAAAAUCUACAACUGCUGCAGUGCAGAGAAUUGAAUCCAUCAUUCAUGAGCAGAGGUUAGAAACUUACUGGUUGCAGGUCGUAGAAAAAGGUUCCCUUGGAUCAUUGAGUCGCUUGAGACCUGAGAAGAAUCAAGUCCUGCCUCAGGAUGGUGCUUAUUGUGUAAGCUCAAUGGAGUCCAUCGGUUCACUAAGAUUUUCCUCUCAACAGGAUAGAGAAGAUGACGCAAAUAGCGAUCUUAAAAUUUUGGGCCUUAAAAAUGGAAGGGUCCUCCCAAAGGAUCAGAUUGGUAAAAGGUCCGACAGUCAUCCGAUGUCCCCAAGUAUAUUGCAUGACAGCAGUUUAGCUAUAAUGUCUGGAAAAGAUAACCCGUAAGUCUUCCAUCAAUUGUGAAAUACAAUAUUAUUAGAAACUAUAUCAAUUUGCUUGGUGAAGUCAUUGCAUGAUUGGUGGACA